UUUUCCUUCAUGAUGUGCAUAUGUAAACAAUAUCUCACUUCACCCAAGUUCUGUUUGUUUCUCAUCACAUCUGCUGGAGACGAGACUGCGUGAAGGGCAUGAGCAGAACAGAACCAACCUGCAGAAAUUACCUGCCUGAGAAAUUAAGAUUUGCCUGAAAUUCCUCCUCGAGCAGAAGAGCAAGCUUGGAGACUUUGAGCCUGCAAAGUAGAUGACCAUGCUGCUGGUGCCUGUGUGUGUGCUACUGAUGCUGGGGGGCCAUGCUCUGGGUGGAGGCUAUGCUCCUAUGCCCCAGAUGAAGUACAUGCAGCCAAUGAUGAAGGGGCCAGUUGGGCCCCCCUUCAGAGAGGGGAAGGGCCAGUAUCUUGACUAUCAGCCUUCGACGAAGGUGAAAGGGGAGCCAGGCCCUCAAGGGAAGCCCGGACCUAGGGGCCCACCUGGUCCCUCAGGUUUACCAGGGAAACCAGGUAUCGGGAAACCAGGUCUUAAUGGUCAGCCAGGACCCCAGGGACCACCUGGUUUGCCAGGAAUUGGAAAGCCAGGACUACCAGGUCUGCCAGGAAAAGUUGGGCCCAAAGGGCUACCAGGAAACAAUGGUGAGGUGGGACCUCAAGGUGAGCCUGGAGCCCGGGGAUUACCAGGACAACCAGGGUCACCUGGACCUGCAGGUCUCUCACUGAAUGGCAAACCAGGGCUUCCUGGAGUUCGAGGUCCACCAGGAUCUAGAGGUGAACCAGGGCCAAAAGGUGGUCGUGGUUUGCCUGGCGAGAAGGGGCUCAAGGGCGAAAAUGGCAAUGGUAAGCCAGGUCCACCAGGCAUCAGGGGCCCAGCUGGCCUUCAAGGAGCUUCUGGACCUCCUGGAAAUCCAGGUGUGGGCAAACCUGGACUUAAUGGGUUACCAGGGCCUUCGGGGCCAAAAGGAGACCAAGGACUUCCAGGACAUCAAGGUCUUCCUGGGGAUGCUGGUCCUCCAGGACAGCAAGGGCCACCAGGGCCAACUGGACUGGGAAAGCCUGGGGUUGAUGGUGUACCUGGAAGACCAGGUCCACUCGGACCAAAAGGUGAACCAGGCGUCAGGGGUCCCCCUGGAUUUCCUGGAGCUCCUGGCUAUGGUAAACCUGGCCUUAUAGGACAGAAAGGAGAUAGAGGUCUCUCUGGGUUACCGGGAGCUCCAGGUGAUAAAGGAGAACAUGGGCUGGAUGGUCUUCCAGGUGAUAUGGGGCCAAAUGGCCAGCCAGGGCCUCCAGGUCAACAAGGUCCAAUGGGUCUUCCAGGAAAACAUGGCAUGCCUGGUCUGAAGGGAGAUAUAGGUCCUCAAGGACCUCCAGGCUUGCCAGGGCUCAGAGGAGAUCAAGGUCCCAGUGGUUUGGCAGGUAAGCCUGGCCUCCCAGGGGAUAAAGGGCUUCCUGGGCCAAAUGGAGCCAUUGGAAAACCAGGUCCUAAAGGUGAAGGAGGUCACAUUGGUUUGCCAGGUAAUCCAGGUCUGUCUGGGGUACCAGGACCAAAAGGAGAAAAUGGUUUUCCAGGGCCCCCAGGACCACGUGGCUUAUCUGGUAUUCCUGGUCUACCCGGACCCACAGGCCAUAUGGGACCGCAGGGCAUUCCAGGGUUGAAAGGGGAGCAAGGUCCGCCAGGACUCCCAGGGAAUGGAAAGAAUGGGGACCAGGGAUUACCAGGACCACAAGGACCACCAGGAAAACCAGGCCCUGCUGGAUUAAAUGGUAUCCAAGGCCCUCCAGGUCCUCCUGGCCCACCUGGCCCACCUGGGCCUUCUAACGGAGAUACUACAGUGGCAGGGCUUCAAGGGCCUGAUAUAGCUGGGGAAUCAAUAACAGGUCCCGGUGUUGAAAAACCACAGUUUGGUGUUGGUGCGAUUUCUGCCACAAUGGCUCCAGCUUUCACUGCCAUCCUCACCACACCUUUCCCACCAUCUGGUAUGCCCAUCAAAUUUGACAGGACUCUGUACAAUGGGCAGAAUGCUUACAAUCCUGCUACUGGCAUCUUCACCAGCCCUUUGCCUGGAAUCUACUACUUUGCUUAUCAUGUUCAUGUAAAGGGAACCAGCCUAUGGGUGGCACUGUACAAAAACAAUGUGCCUGCCACUUACACCUACGAUGAAUACAAGAAGGGUUAUAUGGACCAGGCAUCAGGUAGUGCAGUGCUGGAGCUGAAGGAGAACGACCAGGUUUGGGUGCAGAUGCCAUCUGACCAAGCAAAUGGGCUCUACUCCACUGAGUACAUCCAUUCAUCCUUCUCAGGGUUCCUACUGUGCCCUACAUAACAGUCUAUAUUAUCCAUGAGUUAUUAUUCCAGUGCUCUGCAGUCACUCAAGUAACACCUGUAACAGCAAUAACAGGAAAGACUGAACAACAGACAAGCCUAGAUAAAAGCAGGAGAUGAAAACUUUAUGCUGUUUUAGCCUUUUGAAAUGUCUGAUUUUAUUAAUGUUUUCCUUUGUUUUUCGUAUCUCCAGCCUAUAUUAUAACGUUAUUAUAAGUGUUGUAUUAUUAUUGUUGCUGUUGUUGUUAUUUUAAUUGAUGUUGUUGUUUAUUGGAAUCAGACAAUGUGUAAGUAACAGUUUUACCCAUGUGACUGCACACUUUGCCAAAUGUUCUGACUCCCAUCGAACUCCAUCUUUUUGACUCUGGGGUUGUGUUCCCCUGGCUGCAGUCACAUUCAGUUCAAACUUUUCCUCUCAUUUCUUUUUCACAUAGGCUUUUCAUUCAGUGCCACAUUUUAUGUUGACAGAUAUUCUUUACUACCCUGAUGAUUUUAAGUUUACUGUAGGGAGUGAAGUCAUAAAUCUAAACCCAAAGUCAUGAAAUGUGUUUUUGUUUACUUACAAUUUGUUGCUAAUAUGCCUGAUUUGGUGAUAUCUAUGUGAAGAGGUUUGUCCUUAUCCUUGAAGUGGAAAGCUUUUGGAUAUUAUUUUGAAUGCAAAAUAAGUUUCAAUAUGUAACAAUACUAAAGACUACACAAGUAUUAUUUCCCCAUAUUACUAGCAUAUAUUUUAUGAGAACAUUUUAGUAAUUAAUGGACUGCUAGUGGAUUAAGAGUGUAGAGGCACAAUGGUUAUUUGUAAAACUCCAACAUAUGCAAACCAGCCUUUCCUUCCGUUUGUAGUGCCUUUGACAUUGUGUUGUUAUGCAAUACGUUCCAUGGCCAUUAUAUGACAUCAGCAAUUAUCUGAGUGAUGAAUUCUGUACUUUAUAAAGUUUAAUAAUAUUAAAUGGCAAGCAUCCCUAGCUGAAUAAUUUUGUCUAUCCUGUAUAACUUUAUCCAGGAGUCAUUCAAAUUAGAUUUACUUUCAGAACUUUAACAAACGUUGCUUGAAGACAUGGCGGUGAGUCAUCUGUGAACUGUGCCAUUUGCUUUGUGGAACAUUUGGUCCAUUAAUUACUUGGGAUUGUGCACGACAUCCCAAAUUACUAUUCAGAUGUUCAUUACUUUGAAUAAGUAAAUUGCUUGCACAAAAAUGACUUCAAAAAAGAAAAAAUUAAAUGAUUAGUUCAUGAUUAUGAACAGAUUUGACAAAUGCACUGGACCUUCCUGUCAAAAAUUGUCUAAUUUCGCCUGAUCCCUAUUUGCCACUGUUCAUAAAUCAGAUAUAGUGGCUUAAAAUGGCAGUUACUGAGAGCUCUUACCUGUUGUGUCUUUUAAAAACAGUCAUUUAUGCCAUCUGUGAUUAGACACUGAGAUUGUCAUUUCUGAUCUCUGGCUGUCUGGACCAGACUAUGAUAUUAUAUGUAUAAACAGACAUGACAGACUUGGGAAUAGAAUGCUUAUUAGCAAAAUAACACAUUAACUGGUUCACUGAAAACUGUCAUAAUAGAAAGAAAUAAGUACAGGCAUUUACAGAUUCAGAUAAACAAUAAUUCUUCACACUGGGUUGUAAUAUUAAUAAACCUCUCAAAAAAGCAUACAUGUUAUGAUGGGCUGUAAGAAUGGCCCGCUGUCGAAACCUUUUUGUGAAUGUCAGAGUGUGCCUUUUACACAGUUGCCAUUAAAUAUAGCUUAUAAGUCGAUCGUUAGGUUUGGCUAUGGCAAAAUUUUAGUAGUGUAGACAAGUGAAUAGGUUGCUAUUGUUUCACCUGUAUCCUAGAAGUCCUAUAUUGCCCCCAUUCUCUUAGAAACUUGUAACAAAGAGGUUUUUUGUGAGGGGGAGCAUCAAGUAAAUGUAAUAGCUUGGUGGCCUAAACAUAUAUUCAUCUUGUGAACUGUAGGAUUGUAUAAAGAAUAAAACAAAGAAUGUUGAUAAAGUGUGAACAGCUUGCAUGGCUUUUAAACAGAUUAACUGGUUACUAACAUAUUACUGUCAUUAGAAACAUACUGGCAAAGUCUGAACCCUGAAAUAUCAAAAAAGACUUGAAAUGACAUGCAUUAGUCAUCAUCAUCAUCAUUUAUCCACUAAUGACCUGCUUUUCACUGUGCCAGUAUAGUCAGCCAGCAUUCUCAGAGGCCUUUCCCUGUCAUUGAAAUAAUUACUUCAAAUGUGUUAUUACAUUUGUGAUAAACUGAUCAUUUCAUUUAUAUUAACAUGUAAUCCUUUCCAUUUAUUUUCAUGGAGGCCUUUGGUUUUUAAAAAUACAGCGCCUUCCUUAAAGUGAGUGAAAUGGAUAGAAAAUUGUCAGGUAGAUUCAUUGUACUGUUUCCUCUCAGAACUGCUAGACUUUGUUUUCCUUUCAUUUUAAAAUAAAGAAGAUUCUAGCUUCGGUUUGUAAGGGAUUUUUGUUUGUUUUGGACGAGAUGAUUUCAAACAACUAAUCCCAUUUGCACAUGAACUUAAUGAAGGUGUAUUUAUACAUAUGUGAUAAAUCAGCAAGAAUGUCUGCCUACCGAAGCACCCUUUGAAAUAACAUGUACAAAUAAAUAUUUAACAGCAUUGACAAGUAUUGUAGUUAGCAUACUACCAUUGUUAAAGGAAUAUUUUGUCAACCUUUAUUUCUUCUAUUUUUUUAAUGUACUAUGUAUCAGAUUAUAGGAUUUUGUUGUUGUAUACAUGGCUGUUGCAUUCACGCUGUGCAAUAGGCCUUGGGUAUUAAAUGCACUCUUUUGACUGAAAAUGUUUUGUCAGCUUAUACGAAAUCUGCAGUACUUGAUAGUAUUGAUACAACAUCAAUAAAGAUUUUCUUGUAA